AUGAUUUUAUUGGGACUUUUAUUUAUCAAAUUUGUAUUCUCAUAUGAAAUUGAUGUUAACACAUUUUCAAAUUAUCUUGAUGUAUAAAACAGGCAUAUUCAUUUUGAAUGGCUAAUAAAUAUGGAAAAGAAAUUGAUCAAUGCUACAGCUAAUUAUUAAUUUCAUGUUAUUGGGCCAUCAAUAUACAAAGUUAAAUAACAAAACUAUAUUAGAUUAGUUUAGACAUCAAAGAUUUGACAAUCUAUACGAUUUAUAUGGACAAUGGUGUUGUUCUUCACUAUUCAGUAGAUUAUCCAUACGCUGAUAGUGACUAGGGCUAAAGAUUGAACAUAAAGCUUAAAAGGGAAUAUAAAAGGGACGAAUUUGUUAUUUUAACAAUCAAAUACUCAAUUGAUUCUCGUUCUGAAUCAAUUAGUUUUAUGAAUAUAUCACAAACAUAAACCAAAAGUGAAAAUGCAUAAAUAUAUUUAGGCAUGCCGUACUUAUUUACUUAAUGUUAAGAUGCUUAUUGUAGAUCUCUAGCACCAUUAUAAGAUACACCUGCGAUCAAACAAACAUAUUCUGCUACAAUAAUCUACAAAAACAUAGAAGCAACAGAUGUUUUUAUGUCAGCUGAUGAAACUUAAGAAUAAUUUACAAUUUUAAAUCAUCCUUCGAUUGAUCCUAAUUUUACUUGGAAGUAUAAAUAUUUUGUCUAAAAAACACCAAUACCAAGCUAUCUAAUUGCCAUAGUUGCAGGUAAUUUGUAAAAAGUACCAACAAGUAAUGGUGGCAGAACCUUUUUGAUUAGCGAGCCUGAUAAAAUUAAUGAAUACAAAGAAGAACUUAAAGAUAUGGAAUAAUUUUUAUAGGCUAUUGAAUAAUAUAUAGGACCAUACACUUGGGGAACUUACACAAUUGUGAUAUUGCCCCCUUCUUUUCCUUAUGGAGGUAUGGAAAAUCCAUUAUUAACAUUUGCCAGUCCGACAAUUAUGACAAAGACUGGUAGUGGAUUAUAUGUUGCUAUUCAUGAGAUGGCUCACUCAUGGUUUGGGAAUACCAUAACAUGUAUUAAUUGGGCAAAUAUGUGGAUUAAUGAAGGAUUUACAGUUUUUUUAGAAAGAAAAGCUUCUUUAUUUUAUUACAAAGUUCUUGAUGAUAUUAAAUUAAAUGCCAUAAUUGGAAAUGCAACUAUGUAUUAAGAUAUUUUGGAUUUGGGUCCAGAUAGUAAAUUAGCAUCUCUACAUCCUGAUACAACAGGAAUUAAUCCAUAACUAUCGAUUUCUGAAAUACCUUACGAAAAAGGAUUCUAAUUCUUAACAUUUUUAGAAGGAAUCAUUGGAGCAGAGGAUUUUAAAUAUAUGCUUAGAUCUUAUUUAAAUACAUAUAAGUAUAAAUCAAUUGACCAACAAGAAUUCUAACACUUUAUCCUUCGAUAUUUAUAUGAACAGCAUGUUGAUGAUUAUUCAACUAAAAGAUAUCGAAUCCUAGAAUAUUGGGAUACUUGGAUUUAUCAACCAGGAUUACCACCAAUUAUUUUGGAUUUUUCAACUAAUAAACUUAUUGAAACAUAAUAAUAUACAACUUCUUAUAUAAUAGCUGAUGGUAGGUAACCUGAUAAUUAUGCUUAAUACUUUAAUUUUUAUCCAUCUUAAAAAAAGGUUUUUUUGGAGGAAUUAUUUAAAAAAGCCCAAAAUAACCAGUUAAAAUUAACUAUUAUUGAAUAAAUUGACAAAGAUCUUUAAUUAACUAAUGAUAAUGACUAUGAAUUAAAGUUUAGAUGGUUUAAAGCCAUUUUGACUGCUGGAGAUAGAACCCGUUUUAAUUUAAUUGCAAACUUCUUAGGAGAAGUUGGUACAUGUGAAUUAUCCUGUCCUGUAUACAAAGCAUUAAAUGAAUUAGAUCAGUAUUAAUUUUUAUUUAUUUAAGCGAUUUUGCAGUUUAAACUUUUAAAACUCAUUAAGAAUUCUAUCAUUAAAUUAUCAGAAAUAGCAUAAAAAGUAUCUUAGAAAAGAACAUCUAACUUAUUAAAUGA